AAUUGACCAUAAAAAGAACGCGCUAUAUUUUCCGAAAUAUUUUUCUUGUAAAAGUUUGUUAAUUAUAGUUUAAAUCGACAAGAAAGCAACUGAUUAACAUUUAUCCAUUACUAUGGCACGCAAGAAAGAAGUUACAAAGGAUAGUGAAAGUGAUUCCGAUGUUGAAGAUGUUAAGAAAAUAAAGGAUGUGAAGAAGGCUAAACAAGAUUCCAGUGACGAGGAAGACGAUGAUGUAGAAAGCGAGGAAGAAGAAAUGAUUUACAAUGAAUAUACAAAUCCAACAGAUCACCUUAAAAUCGAAACAAAGUUCCCAUUAGAAUUAAAGCUUCAGCUUCUCGCUGAAAUCAAAAACAUCAACAAAAGAAAAACUUCGUCCUAUAAAGUAGCAAUGAAGCACUUUGAUUGGUCACAAAUUUCUAUUGAAGGGCAUACAAUUGAGGAAUGUAAGGCAUGUCUUGAUGAGAUCCUUAAGCCAAUUUGCUCGAUAAGAACAUUAGACGAAAUGCUGACUGACUAUGAGCAGCAUCAUCAGAAAUAUGACUUAAAAAUGCAUCCGGAUGCACCAAAAAUACCUCGAAAUGCUGUUAUGCGAUUUAUUGAUGAUAACCGCGAUAAGUUUAAGAAGGCAUUAAUUAAGGAGUUUCCAGGCACUCAAAUUGGUUUGAAAGAAAUAAGCUCGUAUGGUGCUAAAAAGUUCAACGAACUUCCAGCAACAAAGCAGGAACAGUACAAAGCACAGUACAAAGUCGAACUAAAAGCAUAUGCUGAAAAGAAAGCAGAAUUAUUGAGAAAUUGUCCAGAAUUGGUUAAAAAGCGGGCAGUAAGAAUAAGAACAACAAAAGACAAGAAAGUUCGCGAAAGAAAGGGAAAACCAGAACUGCCAUACGUUACACCAUUCAUGAUUUAUCGUGAAGAGCUUGCAAAAGAAGGUAAAACAAUCACUUAUCAUGAUGCACAGCAAUUAUACAAGAACAUGCCGGAUGAGGAAAAGAUUAAGCAUAUUCAGACAUUAUUGGCACUUGACACGCAUUUAGAUAAGCAAUUUUCAUCGCAAGAACAGAAAAUAUUGAAAAAUCCAAAUGGAAUGCCAGCACGUCCAUUAAAUGCUUACAAUUUCUUCCUUAAAGAUUUAUGCAAAGACACGAGCAUUGAUCGUAAGGAAAUAUUGAAAACUAGCUCAAUUCUAUGGAAAACGAUAGAUCCAGAGAAGAAAGCUGUGUAUAUUGCUAAAUAUCAAAAUGAAGUUGAAGCUUGGCAGGAAAAGAUGAAACUUUGGAUCCAAACAUUACCAGUUGAACAACAAUCCGAACAAAUGGCAAAGCAUGGAUUUUUAUCGAAACUUGAGUCAACCAAGAAGCGCAAAAGGAACGACGAGUCGCUAAUGUCACUUCAAAAUCCACCAUUAAUUGAAUCGGACCCAAAAAAGCGUAAAAAACAAACAACUUUGGAUAAUAUUGUGACUAUCAAGAAAGAGGAACCAAAAGAAAAGUCAGUGAUUAAUAUAAUCCCAGCAAGUCCAACAAAACAGUCGAAAGUAAGCAAUGCACAAAUUGCUAAUGUUUCGUCAUUGAGUAAAACUGUGGAUAUUGACACACCAACGAAGAAGAAGAAGAAAGGUUUUGAGUCUGACGCAUCCAGCAUCGAUUCCACGCCCAGAAAAAAGAAAUUUAAGGAAACUGUUGAGUCAUUUGGUUCAUAUCCAUCAUUAAAUGCUGCUCAUUACUUUAUGACACAAAAGUACACCGGAAAGCCUUCCAAAGUAGCAAAAGCAUACAGUAAAUUGUCAAAACAUGAGAAGAAGCAGAUUAAUGCUGAAAUGAAGAAAAUUAAGAAUGAUUAUUUCUUAAAAUUAAAGAAAUUUGCUACGGAAAAUACAAAUUAUGCUGAUAAGGUCCGAAAUUUCCACACAAGUAAUCGUCAAGAGCAGGAACAAAGCAUUUCAUGGCAUACCGCAAAAGGAACGGAUAAUAGCGAUGACAGUGAUGAUGAUAGUGACCAAUCUGACAGUUCAUAAAUGCUGUAGCUAGGUUGCAGACAUACGGUUUAUAAUAUGUUAAAACUUUUUCACUACACAGUUAAUUAAGCUUUUCAUAAAUUUUCUCCUUUUUUUUGACAAUUUCUUCUAUUGUUUAUCAUUUACCUAUAUUGAAAAAUGUAAAAUUCAUAUGAAAAGUUAAUAAAAUAUUUUUUGAAAUAAAAUUUGAAUUUUUAACGGA